AUGGCCCCAGCCGCGCCGUGCGAGAGCCCGCCGCUGCUGGGCCCAGCGUCCUGCCGCGGGGGACGCCUCUCGUCAGAGCUCCGCUCGUCGGUGCCGGAGUCGGGCGGGUCCUCGCGGGCGUCCAACCCACUAUGCUACCGCUCGCUCAACUCGGCACUGUCGAUCUCAACGGCGAUGGCUGGGAAGCUGACAGCGGCAGGGAGGCCACCACAGCCGCAAGGGCCGAAGGCGGCUGAUCUGAAGAAGGCGGCGAUCGUGGGGGGCAGGAAGGUCGCGGGGAAGCAGGAAGACGUGCACCAGCUGCGGCUGAUGGACAAUUCGUACCUCCAGUACAGGUUCCUCAACGCCCGGGCUGAGGCCGCAGGCAAGGCCAAGGCGGCUGCUGCAGAGAAAUCGUUGUACGGGCUCGAGGAGAAGAUUGCCAGCCUCAGGGCAUCUGUUGCUGAGAAGAGGGCAGAGGUGGAGAGGAUGCAGAGGGAUCAUAGAUUGAGUUCAGUAGUAAAUGCGCAGGUGCCAUAUUUGAAGCAGUGGAGUGACGUUGAGGGGGGCCAUGCAAGCUGCCUUAGAGGGGCAACAACAGCACUAUAUAACGCCUCGUUAAGGCUACCAAUCAUUGGGAGUGUAAAUGCCAACUGCGAGGAACUUACAGAAGUCCUCAAGUCAGCAACACAAUUUCUUGAACCGCUUUCACCUUGUAUCGAAAAUUUCCUGCCAAAGGUCCAACAAAUCGACGAUGUGGCAUGUAAUCUUGCCCAAGUUAUUGCUACUGAGAGAACCUUAAUAGAGGAGUGUGGUAAUCUCCUAUACCAAGUACAGAACCUACAGAUGAGGGAGAGCAGCUUGAGGAGUCAAGUGAUGCAACUGAAAGAAAAUGAAGCGAAGUAA